AUGCUCCGGUCUCUGCAGCACCUUCUUUGCUUUUCCUUUUCCCAGAUCCCCUCCAAUGGCAUUGACACGACUCUCAAUGGUACCUCAAACAAUGUCAUUCGCAUCAUACCUAUCCGCAAGACAGUCUUGAAAGCCGGCAUUCCGGAUCCCCGAACACGAGAGCUAGCAGGGCCCAGGGGAGUGAGUCCUGUAGUGCCUUUUUCAAUCGAUACGAACAGCACGUGUACCACUGCAUACAACUCAGAUGCAGAAACCACGGUCUCCUUCAGUUCAGGUACCAGUUACAGCCCGUCCUCGUACCCCGAGGCGCCCAUCAAGCCACCCACCACGCCAUUCGAGAACGACGGCACACCGUAUGUUCCGAUUCUGCAGGCAGAUGGCACGCUGAGACCGCCACAGAUCUCAUUCGGCGGUUAUGGCUCUUUCGGGGGCCGGUUCGUUCCUGAAUCUAUUGUAGGGUUCCUGCACGAACUGACCUCAUUCUUCGAGGUCACUGUCUCUGACCCCUCCUUCUGGACUGAGUACGCCACGUUCCAGCGGCCCCAGCCCACGCCGCUGCAGAUAGCGAGCAAGCUCACGGCCUUGGCAGAUGGUGCUGCCAUCUGGCUUAAACGAGAAGACCAGAACGAAUACGGCAGCCAUAAAACCCGCAACAUUCUCGGCCAGCUCUUGUUAGCACGGCGGAUGGGCCGUAUUGAGAUCGUCACUGACUGUGCAUCGGCAAAACACGGUAACUUCACUGCAGCGAUGUGUGCACGUCUCGGUCUGCGCUGUGUUAUCGUCAUGGGUGCAGAUGACGCCCUGGCUCAAGAAGAGGGCGUCCUCAAAAUGAAAAAGCUCGGUGCCAAAGUUUUGACCGCUCGGACUCCUUCAGGCAUGGGUUCGCUGCGCGCUGCAAUCACAGAAGCACUCCGCUAUUCGGUUUGCAACUACGAGACCGCGUACUACCUGAUGGGAGGCCCAGUGGGUCCCAACCCCCUACCAACCUUGACUCGCACGUUCCAGGCGCUCCUAGGCGAGGAGGUUGCGGUCCAGUUGCAAGGAUUGGUCGGUCGUCAGCCGGACGCUGUCGUCACAGCCGUUGGCAGCGGCAGCAGUGCUGUGGGCUUGUUCAGGCCCUUUUUACAGGACACUGCCACUCGACUCGUCGGUGUCGAAGCAGCUCAAGCAGCUCCCCUGGCCGAAGGUGAACUUGGCGUCCUCCAUGGUGCUCGCACUCUCAUGCUUCAGAAUGAUGAUGGUCAACUCCUCGAUUCCCACUCGAUCUCGCCAGACAUGAACCUCUCCACUGUGGGACCCGAGGUAGCUUAUUGGAAGAGCAUUGGCCGCAUUGAAAUCUCGACUGCCACCGAUGCGGAUGCCCUGGACGGGUUCGAAACUCUUCAGCACCACGAGGGGAUUAUGCCUGGCCUGGACUCGAGUCACGCGGUGGGCAAAGCAAUUGACUUGGCCAAGCAGCUUGGGCGGGGCAAGAACCUUGUUCUGGUGGUGACGGGUUGUGACGGUAUUAACAUGCGUGGAUUGUUGGAUGUUUGA